AUGCCCUCUUGCGUAACCAAAAAGACACGCUUUGCGCCUAGUACCAAGAGUCACGGACCUGAGUUUCUCACAGAUGAAGUUUUAGAUGUGGCAUAUCUGCAAGAACUUCUUGGGGCCGUGAGGACAGGUAUUCAAGACGAGAAGAGGAGAGUGCGGGAGCUCUCGGCUCACAACUCUAAGCUUCAAAAGCGUCUGGACGACCUUAGACGAAAGGAAGAAGAGCUGAUAGCCAUGACGAAAGAUCUCCAACGAGAGGUCCGCAAGGAGAAACUGCGAACGGAACGGCUCAGACACCAAUCUCAGAGUGCGAGAGCUUCCCGGUUAAUGGUGCAAAACUGUAACGGCUACCCGCCUUUGCCGGAUAAUCAUUGGAACCCAUACAAGCCUCAUUUUGUAAAUGGGGCUUAUAACCAAAUGUCGCAGUUUCCUGCCAAUCCACACUUUGUGGAUCCUAGAGAGUUUAUGAGCCAAUUUCCGUCUAACCCUCCAAUCUCUCACGGACCUAUCUAUCAUCAGGUUCAACCGUGUCAGCCACCACCACCGCCAAAUUACUUCCACAAUCCUCACUUAUCUCAACCUGGAAUGCCAGCAUAUAUGGGAUUCUAUGGGCCUCAAAUACUUCCAAAAAUGAGGCAAGUCCCACAAUAUGGCUAUUAA